AUUUAUGAAGAUGAUUUUAACUUGUCAUUAAACAGUUUUAUGAAGUUGUUAUAGACAUUAUAUACUAAGGUAUGAAAUAAUCAAGUAAUUAUUUUGGGGGGAACUUUGUUGUACUUCCCUAUCUAAUUGCACUUCACGGAUAUUUGUUAGAAAAACUUUAUGGUGUAAAACAUUAAACCUUAAGUAUGAAAAUAUCUGAAAAUAUAUAUUUCAGUAUUCAAAAAGAAUUGCUUAACAUAGUUAAGAUAAAACAUACAUAAAUCAGUGGUAAAAUAGCUCAUAUAUAUUUCUAUAAUGUCCAUUCCACAUUACUAAUACCUGCAAAUAAGUGAACAAACCAAUCCUAAAAAUAUUUGCAUAAAUCUAUCCAUCUAUUUAUCGUUAUAUAAACUCAACUUUUCCUGUGUCCGUUUAGAAGCACAUUAGAUGGUGCAAAGGAAUGUAUAGCCAGUACUGAAAUAAAUACUAAUACUAGAUGUGACUCUUAAAUUUAAGUCGGAGUUUUACUUGCUGUUGAUCAGUUUGUGCAAUCUGAAUUCCCUUGGAAGUAUUUAAUUACAACAACAGAGCUGAUUGAUCUGUUUUCCUAUGUUUGCACCUUAUUUUAAUGCAGCACACAAACCUGUUUUAGAGCGUGGGGCGUAGCGUGGCACCAGGGUACACUCAGGAGGAGGAAGAGUUCUGCUGUGCCAAUGUGCUGCAGCCUCGGUGUCAGUUAUGUUUGAGAUGUUUAUAUAAAUGCUUUAUAUCACAGGACACUCGUCACUCACGCUCUCUUUAUACUUGUGAUUCUUUCCUUGUUCUUUCGUGCGUGUCUGAACACCGGCGUCCGGGCUGUGAUGGAGCGCUGGCGGGGCAGAGUGGCUCUGGUGACCGGAGCCUCGGUCGGGAUUGGGGCGGCUAUAGCUGUAGAGCUGGCACGGCUCGGAAUGAAAGUGAUGGGCUGCGCCAGGGACGUCGGAAAAAUACAGAAACUGGCAGCAGAGUGUCAGAGCGCCGGCCACUCUGGUGUUCUGGUGCCUUUCAAGUGUGACUUGACCAAAGAAGAGGAGAUUCUGGCCAUGUUCGCAGCGAUCAAAGAGCAGCACAGAGGCGUGGACGUGUGCAUCAACAACGCCGGCUUGGCUCACCCAGAGCCGCUGCUAAAUGGCAAAACCAGCGGCUGGAAGAACAUGAUGGAUGUGAACGUUUUUGGAUUGAGUAUCUGCGCGCGUGAAGCAUAUCAGUCAAUGAAAGAGAGACAUGUUGACGAUGGGCACAUCAUAAACAUAAACAGUGUAUGUGGACAUCAUGUGAUUCCCCAUGCUGAUGUACAUUUCUACACCGCCACCAAGUUUGCUGUAACCGCUCUGACUGAGGGCUUAAGGCAGGAGCUCCGUGCAGAAAACACCCAUAUCCGAGCCACGAGCAUUUCUCCCAGCUUAGUGAAGACUGAAUUUCCUUUGCGGCUCUAUAGCAACAAUCCAGAUAUAAAAGCCAGAGUUUUCUCUGCAUAUAAGCCUUUGGAAGCAAAAGACGUUGUCAACGCUGUUAUAUACGUGCUCGGUGCCCCUCCUCAUGUUCUGAUUGGAGAGGUUCAGAUGCUAGCAACAGAGCAGAAGUCUUAGAGUUGCACCACGAGACGCUCCUGAAUUAAUAAGACCAAUUCUUCUCCUUUAUGAAGCUGACGACCAGCAUUGGGUGUAACAUGCUGCUGUAAUCAGAUUACAUUUUUCAGUAAUACAACACAGUUGUAACAAUUAUAGCACUACUGGCCUUUUAAAGGUUCUUCCAAUCAUCUGGAGGAUGGCCAAAUAGAAAGAAAAAACUGUUAAUCAUGUCUUGCUGUUGCUCUAUAACCAGCUGAUUUUAGUUCGUGUGUAAGCAGCAGGAAAAUUGUAAAAUGGGAAUCAACUUCUGAGGAGUAAAAAUAAGGACAUUACUUGUAUUUCUUGUAUUGCAUGAAUUGACAAGAGCACAAUGGUAAAAGCACAAACUGCAUCCAUGAUGGAAGCAACUGCAUUAUACAACUAACUCAACAUUAGCUCUUUGCAAAUAUCUGCACACACACCAUGCAAACACAAGGCUAGUUAAAAGCCCAGAGAGAUAUUAAAGCUGAGUGUAUGCUAACCCCAGCCCAGCAGCCAGAGCCUCAUCUUAAACAUCUAACAAAUGCAGUGAUGAGGUUGGAGGUUCCAUUUCUACCCACUCUACCUGUUUCUACAGUGUAAUCACAGUGGCAGUCUUUUUUUAAACAGUGUUAGAGCUGGUUUUCAGCGUUUAGAAUUAAACGCUAAAAGAAAUGCGUAUCCACGUAAGUUAGGGAUUUGUGUCAGUGUGUAGGGCUAUAGCUUAAGGUCAUGUUGUUCUUGGUAAUUAUAUGAUAGUGUACUUCAGGGAAUCUUACAGAGUAGCAUCUCACAGGUAAUGUGAGUAAUGACUGAAACACAGGGGACAGUUUAUGAUCUGGUCCUUAAAUAACUUUAUGAUGUUUGUUCUGAAUAAUUUCACUAAUUUAUCUAAUAAAAUGGUGUUCAAGGAAA